AUGGAGGAAGUUGAAAACCUUUGGAGAAAACUCUCCCUUUCUGAGGAAGAAGAAGCCGGAUUUGAGUUGCUGAAAAUAACUGGAACCCAAAAAUCAUUGUUGGCUGGUAAGUUCCUAACUCACCGUUCGGUUAACAGGGAGGCAGUGUACAGAACCUUCAAACCAUUGUGGCGAACUCGGAAACCUUUCUGUAUACAUGAUGUGUAUGAGAAUAAACUAGUCUUUGAGUUUGAGAAUGAGAUGGAUUUGGAAAGGGUUUUGGAGUUGGAACCAUGGACCUAUGAUAAACACUUGAUUCUCUUCCAAUGCAUCAACAAUACCACUACUAUCUCUUCCCUUUCGUUUUCGAAAUGUUCUUUUUGGGUCCAGAUUCACAACCUACCCAUUAAGAGCAUGACACCAGAGCUGGGUUUAUCCAUUGGCAGUUCUAUAGGUAAGGUAGUUCGUGUGGUAGACUCGGAUGAGAAGGGAAGCAUUGGCUGUUCUCUUAGAGUCCGGGUGUCUAUUGAUGUGACCAAACCUUUGAGUAGAGGUAGGAAAAUCUGGGAGAAAGGAGUGGUGACUGGUUGGUCCUCCUUUCGCUACGAAAGACUCCCAAACUUCUGCUACUGGUGCGGUAGCCUAAUGAAUGAGGACAGGGAUUGUGAUGUUUGGCUUGGUAUGAAAGAUAAGGUGUCUUUUGAUAAGAAGCAAUUCCGUCCUUGGAUGAGAGCUGAAACGGACCUCCCGUCUCGUAGACCAUGGCGGGUCGGUGUGGGGUCUGAGCAGGCAGAACACACCCAGCCUCGUACACCAAAACCAUCGACGGUUUUGAAUGACACCUUGAGAGAUGUGUCAGGCAAGGAAGUUGGUAUUCCUCUGUUCAAGACAGUCUAG